CGUCAUGACGCAGCUGGGGCGUCAGUCCGGAUGUAAACACCGUUCGGUUCACGUGGAGGGAAACAGCGACCAUGGCAGCGGCGCUGGAGCGUUUCCUCAGCCCGGGGAAAGGCAACGGUCUGCGGGCGACAGGCGGGAUCAGGGCGGGAGAGCUGCUGUCCUCCGCGGAGCCGCUGGCGAGCUGCGUGUCCAGCAGACGCUCCAGAGAUGUCUGCAACCGCUGCUACACACGACGCGAGACCUUGCUGAGGUGUUCCCAGUGUAAGACUGCUCGCUACUGCAAUAUCACUUGCCAGAAACAAGCCUGGUCUGACCAUAAGAGAGAGUGUAAAUGUCUGCGGAGCCUGUUACCCAGAGUUCCCACUGACUCAGUCCGUCUGGCUGCAAGACUCAUCUUUGCGUUGUUGAGUCCAUCUAAGGGCAGUAGUGAGGAGCUGUACACUUUAGAGGAGCAUGAAUCACACCUCAGUUCCAUGUCUGAGCAGAAGAAACAGGGUCUUUCUCAGCUGGCUUCUAUGUUAGAAUUGUACCUACAACAGGAAGCACCUGACCUGGCAAAGGAAAUAACAUCAGCACUGCCACCAUCCUGCAGAGAACCCCUCAGCCUCAUUGCAAAGGAGAAUCAUCAGGAAACUGAAAAGCACAGCUGCCACAGGAGCAAGAUAAUAUGCCUCAUCCAGUACAGGCCCAACAAGGUGUUCAGUGUGUGCAUUGUGUGCAUUGUGUGCACUCACCAAGUCAUUUUGUGCAAUGAUUUCAGAUGCUGUUUUUGAUAAAUACUUCACUCAAACCAGGAUAAA